AAAUAUUAGAACACAAACCAAAUAACAAGGAAGAAAGGUUUUUGACAAUUGUAACCGCAGCUGCAAGAUAUUAGGGUUCUUCGCUCCCUUCACCAACAUCAAGAUGGAAUCACAGAUUAAGCACGCUCAAGUUGAGAAAGUUAUGGGUCGUACUGGAUCCAGAGGACAGGUCACUCAGGUUAGAGUCAAGAUUCUGCAUGAGAAUCGCUAUAUCAUGAGGAAUGUGAAGGGGCCCAUUAGAAAAGGAGAUGUCAUUGCCCUACUUGAGUCUGAGAGAGAAGCAAGAAGACUCCGAUAGAAGAGUAGCUUUUCUCAAUGGUUUGGUGCAAGAUAUAAUAAAGCAAUGCUGGUUUUGUGGUUGCUAGCUUAUGAAAAUUGUUUCUGUAUUGACUUUCAUUUUGCACCUAUGACCUAUUUAUUAUUACUAGACCUUUUAUUUGGCUGAGUUUUGAGUAAAGAUUUUGGUUUGACUUUAUAUUAUGUUUGGUGUUCUUGGUUA